AUGCCUGACGAAUCUCCUAUCGUCUCACACGGUCGUGGUGGCCAGGGAAAUAUCGGCCAUGAUCCUACGCAGUACAUUGACGGCGAAAUCGUCCGUGAAGGUGUCUACGGCGACCAAGGUGAUGGCGCAUACUCUGCCGGCCGCGGCGGCGCAGGAAACAUCGGCUCCCCACGCGUGCGCCCAACCUCCAAAGUCCCCCACGACGCGGAGAUGAUCCCGGAACUGGCGGUUCGCAAUUCCAGCGACGAGACGUUCCAUGUUGGGCGCGGUGGCCAGGGCAAUGUUCAUCUCGACGAGGCGGCGAAGAAGGAGAAGGAUAAGAAGCACGUUGCACACGAAGGGUUGGCGGAUCGGUUGAAGAAUAAGUUGUUGGGGAAGAAGUAG